GAACGCGUUUCAGUUCUAAUUUAUAAUUUUUUUUUUGAGAAAAAGGUAUUAGCACUGCAUUAAGGAACUGCCAUACGGCAUCUACAACCAGUCCUUAUCCAAAAGGAUAAGGGUAACAAAUACAGAUAAGAACAAACUGGAGAAGUAAAGCAGAGUAGGCCCGAUGCAUGGGAGGAAGAGAGGUGAAAUCACUCGAGCAACCUGAGGUCGACCGAUCCAGCCAUGGGACACCCUUCAAACUACUCCGGAGAGGAUGGCGCAAGAUCUCCAGGACGCCGCGGCAGAGAUCCAGUCCGACGGUGACCCGAACUGGAAAACAGCGAGCACCUCCCUAUAUCUACAGGAAAGCCGAGGGUCGCCAGAUCUGAAACAAAUCAACUAUACAAGCAACUAUACAAGCAACAUAAAGAAAACAAACAACAAGAAAAACAGAAAAAAACCAAAAGGGUCACCGGAAUGGGACCCAGAAACCGACAGACCCCGGAAGGUCAUCGGAGGAAACCGAAUAACCCCGAAGGGUCAUCGGAAAAGGGAGCACAUGCCGGCUCCAGCAUGCUUGAGCGGCUGGGGAGCCCAGCGGCUCAAGCAUCAAAA